CCCCGAGGUCUGCCCGGAGCCACAUCGUUCGCGGGAGUUCGCGAAGCGGAAAUCGCGCGAUCGAGUGAACUCAGGGAAGACGCCGACGACUGCCAUGUCUCGGCGAGCCGACCAGAAUGACGUGAACAGGAAGAAGCUGAGCCUGUUAGAGGAAGCGGCGAGCGCAGAACGCGUGCAGUCGCCCGCAAAUACGCUCUGAAAGGACACGCAUCAGCCCGGUCCGUGCCUAUACGUCCGUCAUGGCUCGUGCUUCAGCGUGCUCGGUUGCCUUGGGUCUUCUGCUCGUCGCCGGCUACUCCGUGGCCGCUCUCGACGUCGUCACGCCGGAGAAGUGCGGAGGCGACUUCAAGGAAGUGCGAGUGAGCCCGUGCCCAGAGUUGCCCUGCAAAUUCGAGAGAGGCAAGAGUGUCCGCAUAGAAGUGGACUUCACUCCUGAGGCCAGCUUUGACAAACUUCAGGCGACGUUCAAAGGGGAACUGUCACCCGGCACCUGGCUGCCCCUGCCGGGCUUCAAGAAAAACGCCUGCGCGAAAAGUGGUCUAUCGUGUCCGCUGGAAGCUGGAAAGCAGUACACUUUUGCCAAGGAGAUUUCAGUGCUGCCGUCAUUUCCUACGCUUCAAGUCAAAUCGGAAAUUCGACUGAAGGAUGGAAAUGGCACGACGAUCUUCUGUUUCUACGUGCCCGUGAAAAUUGCUUGAACAUCAUAGUCACAGUGGCCAACGACGAUUCCGUUUCACGGCCUCAGACCAACUUAUGACGUCCACGGAUCGAAAGAAUGAAUCGUGGUCCUGCUUUAAACUCAAAAGUGCAAUUCUUCGCAACUCUGUCUUGACAAAUUCGUUCUUGUGAACGAUGGACAAUGAUGGAAUUUCCUUUUCGUGGCGCCCAGGAAUGACCUGGCUGUUCGUGCAAUAUACAAGGUAUACGUCAACUAGUAGUCAAGUUUCUGAUAGAAGCCUGCAUGCCUAGCAUAUGGCAGCAUAUUGCAACCACCUCCACCUGUGUGUCGGGGGGGGAGGGGGGAGGGAGCAACUUCUGUCCAGUAAAACGUAAAU